GUUCCGUCACCCACAAGCACAACACCAAUACGAACGAACGAACCGAAACAACACCCCAUGACGGUGUUGGAUUCGUCUGAGUCUGAGGUGGUUGACGGCACGUCGUCUCAGCAUGGUGGCAUUGAGACGGUCGCCGUGCCCACGCGCCGUGGCCCCCGACCCCCUUCAACCCAGCUGCAGGACGAGUAUGACUGGGAGACAUGCAUUGGCCUCUGCUGUGGCGGCUUCCUCUGCUGGCCAUGCAUUGGCAAGGAGAAGGCAUCGGAGUAUGGCCGCUGCUUCCUGGCUGUUGUCCUGUGGUGCUGGUGAAUGAGGAGGCUGGGAGAAUGGCGACCACUGCAAUCACCCUCACUUCCCGCACCACCCGCGUGGCAACUGUCGCUCUUGCCUGUCCGCCCUCUUGCUUGUUUGUUUGAAAUGCUUGAACCCUAACCAAGCCCGC